UCCGGCGUUGUGCAUGUGCAUUUCCUCCAUCGUCCGCUGUUUUGGUUGAGAAGAAGGCAAAAUAGCGAGUGUCCGUGCACUUCAUUGAGAUGUCUGCGGCAUUACGUGUGGUCUACACCGUAUCCAGGCCAGGGUCAUUUCUGGCCAGUCAAAAUCUUGUACGUCCUCUCAGCCUAUCCGCACACAGAGCAGGGAUUAAAUAUGUUAAUAAUCAGGAGGAAGCCACAGAUAUGAAGUCCAUCACGGACCGUGCAGCUCAGACUCUUUUGUGGACAGAGCUGUUCAGAGGUUUGGGAAUGACCAUGAGCUAUCUUUUCCGUGAACCUGCCACAAUCAACUACCCGUUCGAGAAGGGCCCUCUAUCGCCCCGUUUCCGUGGCGAGCAUGCGCUGCGCAGGUACCCCUCUGGAGAGGAGCGGUGCAUUGCAUGUAAACUUUGUGAGGCCAUUUGUCCAGCCCAGGCCAUCACCAUUGAGGCAGAACCUCGUGUUGACGGCAGCAGGCGAACAACGCGCUAUGACAUAGACAUGACCAAAUGCAUCUACUGUGGCUUUUGCCAGGAGGCCUGCCCUGUGGAUGCUAUUGUAGAGGGUCCCAACUUUGAGUUCUCCACAGAGACUCAUGAGGAAUUGCUUUAUAAUAAGGAGAAACUCCUCAACAAUGGAGACAAGUGGGAGGCGGAGAUUGCUGCCAACAUCCAAGCUGACUAUCUGUACAGAUAAACAAAUGUCAUGGACUGUCUCAUCUCAACGCAAUAUGCUCUUCAUAUUGCUCUCUUACCAGUAAUAACAGUUUCAAUUGCAUAUGGAAGAUUUGGUUUUAGACAGUUACUGUUGUGCUAAGUGCACAUUUUCAAAGCCCAGGGACUGGCUUUUUUUGAAGAUGCACAUACUUUUUGAUUUCUUUCAAUGUGAGCACACAUAUAGAUGCUCAGUUUUGAAAUUAAGUUCACACUUUCUUAUCCGUAAACUACAGCAGCCUUAAAGUGGUGCCUCACAUUGAAACAUUUCUCUGUGCUAAAGCUGUCAUUUUGACUUUGGAAUUUCAACACAGUAUCACUGUCACACAGCAACUGUUGAGAUAUGUUGUGUAAUAUUAAACAGUCUAAUGGUAGGAUAACCAAGUUGUUCCUGAAAAUCACCAAGGAUGACGCACUAAUUUGAAGCCAAUGUUACAUUCUCAUUUUGAGGCAUUUGAUUCCAUCCUUCCCAUUUUCAUCCUUCUUUUCUUAUUUUGACCAUCAGUGGAUUUAAAUGAAAA